AUGGGGGACGAUGUUGUAAACAUCCUUGGGUUUCCACUGAGGAAAAGACUUUUCCAAGAAGUACAAGAGCAAAAUUUACAGAUUCUAAUGGAAUGGGUUCAUUUGUUGAGUGUCACAUUAGAAUACGUCAAUUACAUCUUUGUUCCUGGCGGGUUUAACGAUAUCUACGUGUCCUCCAAGGACAUUGUCUCCUCCUCCAUUUUAUCUUCACAACAACCCCUUUUGGAAGGUUACAAAGAAAAAGAACACAGUCAUGAUAGUGGAGGAAUUGCUGAUGCUGCAGCCCAGAAGCAUCGCACCAAAGAUCGAGCCACAACAUUAAGUAUCUUCAACAAUAUGAAUCAGAGCUAUGAGAGCAGAAAGCAACAGAACUCUAGGCCAAUGGUUCCUUUCACAGGACUUACAGAAAGUAAAUCGCUUAACCGGCAUUGCUGUCAAAAUGGAGGGACCUGUAUCCUGGGCAGCUUUUGUGCAUGCCCCAAACACUUCAUUGGCAGAUACUGUGAGUGGGAUGAACGGGAAAGCAACUGUGGCCCAUUCGCACAUGGUGAAUGGAUACAAAAAGGUUGCCAGCUGUGUCGAUGUGGUUAUGGAGUUCUGCACUGUCUAGCUGAACAAACACAAAACUGUGAUGUAAGAGAAGAAGAGGAAUUUAUUCAUUUGCGUUCAAAUUGCCAAGGAUUACAGCAAACAAUGUGUUUUAUUCUGAUCCUUGUGACCUGCUUCUUCACAUUCUUCUGCACCAAACUCUUCUAUCAAAUAUGA